AUGCCUGGCUCACAGUACAUCUCGACGGCGCCUAUAAGGCUGUUGCGAACGUCGUAUGGCAGCCAGGGAAGCACUUUCGCCCGUCAAUGCCACCGCCAACUCUCCUUGAGAUCUACUAGACGACCGACCACACCUAGCACAAUUGCCCGGCCUACUUCACAACGACACCAGUCUACAACUGCCGCAGCCAGUAUAAGUCUACGUGGCUGGCUCUAUGGUACCCUUACAGUCGUCCUCACUGGCUUCGGCUACCUCUACAUCACCGACACUCGCGCCAGCAUCCACCAAUGGCUUGUCGUGCCGACCCUACGACUACUCCAUGCAGACCCGGAAGAGGCCCAUCAUGCCGGUAUACGAUACAUCAAGGGCAUGUACGACUUCAAUCUACACCCACGCGAAAGAGACAACCGCGACGAGGAGAAGGGCGAUCUGAAGAUAGAGAUCUUUGGACACGUCUUGAACAACCCAAUCGGGACUUCGGCGGGCAUAGACAAGAAUGCUGAAAUACCAGACGCACUGUUCGCACUCGGUCCGGCAAUUGUAGAAGUGGGAGGAGCUACACCAAUGCCACAAGUCGGCAAUGCACAACCACGAGUCUUCCGCAUACCUUCGCAGAAUGCACUCAUAAAUCGCUACGGACUAAAUUCGGAAGGAGCCGAGCAUGUUGCUAUGCAGCUUCGGGAGCGAGUACGACAAUUCGCGUAUGACCACGGUCUUGGUCUGCAAGCGGAGUCAGAGCGCAUCAUUCUGGACGGUGAGGCAGAAGUGCCCCCGGGCAGUAUGGUUCCUGGUAAGCUCUUGGCUGUACAAGUUGCAAAGAACAAGACUACACCCGACAACGACAUCCAAGCUGUGGCGCGAGAUUAUGUCACCUGUGUUGAGCAUCUAGCCAAGUACGCAGACAUCAUGGUCGUCAACGUUUCUUCACCAAACACACCUGGUCUGCGCGAUCUACAAGCUACAGCACCUCUGACAGCUAUCUUGACUGCUGUAGUUGAUGCAGCGAAGUCGACAGACCGCAAAACUAAGCCAGCAGUCAUGGUCAAAGUCUCCCCUGACGAGGACAGCGAUGCACAAAUUGAAGGUAUCUGCAAAGCCGUCUGGUCCUCUGGUGUCGAUGGUGUUAUUGUGGGGAACACGACCAACAAGCGCCCAGACCCGAUACCGAAAGGCUAUAUCAUGCCUAAGCAUGAGGAGAAGUUGUUGACUGAGAUGGGUGGCUACUCUGGUCCACAGAUGUUCGGUCGGACGCUGGAUCUGGUGAAGCGAUAUCGAUCAAAGCUCGACCAGGGGCCACAGGAGGGCAAUGAUGCUGCGCCACGCAAUUCUAAGCCAGCCAAAGCCUCGAAGCCAGAAGCCCGGACGCCAACACAACCAAAGUCAUCUUCGAAAGCAAUAACAUCGCCCGAGCCAGAAUUGGUACAGCAAUCAAGACCGCCACCUCCACCAAUUGAAAGUGCUGUCGAUGCCGUCGAGGCCAGCGUCAAGCGCGACCUUGCAAAUCUCAAGCCACUGACUUCGGAAGCCGAAGCAGCGAGCACUUCCCAGUCACCAAUCAAGUUCCCCGAAAGACAUUCCGACACCAAGCUCGAAUCAUCAGGUCAAGUACUUGAGCCGUCGACUGUGACCUCGGUAGGAUCUGCUAUAGCGCCACCACCUUCACCAACGAACGCUGGGAUAGCCUCUCCAGCUCUUCCUUCUCGUAAACCUGAAGUCAAGCCAGCACCUGCACCGUAUCCCUCGCUAGGUCCUAUUUCACCUCCACCCGGUGUUGGUGCUCCUGCGACAGCACCAGCAAAGCCCUCUCCGCCACCACCAGAGCCUGUGUCACUCGCAGAGGCCGGCUUAAGUACUCCGUCAACCCCGACUACAAGUAAGAAAGACUUCGAGCCCAAAGUCAUCUUCGCUACGGGUGGCAUCACAACAGGCGAGCAAUGUCUCCAGAUCCUCAAUGCCGGCGCAAGUGUAUGUCAGAUCUACACUGCCAUGAUGUAUGGCGGCGUGGGCACAGUGACGAGGAUGAAGCAGGAGAUGCGAGAUGCUAUGAAGAAGCACAGUAGACCUUCUGAUGUUGACAGCAAGAAGUAG